GGUCUGGGUUGCGAUUUGGAUUUGCUCUUCUCGAUCAAAAAAUAAGUCAUGUGACCUGCGUCUCGAGCAUCGGUUUUGUUAAGGCCUCUCUAAAAUGGGCGAAAUAAUUUUGGACGGUGAUACUAAGGAUAAAGAUUUGAGGAGCGAGGACGAGCACAUACCGAAGAGCGGUGCUCAUCCGGUUCGGAUAGUUGAAGUGGUUGAAGAUGUUGAUCACUCAUUUGAGCUUAAUGUUGCCGAACUUGAAAAGAUUCUACUCGAUCCAAAAGUUGCUGAUAAAAAGGUAGCCGUGAUUGGCGUAGCUGGUGCUUACCGUAUGGGCAAAUCUUUCCUGCUAAACUUUUUCCUGCGAUAUUUGCAGUGGCGCGCUAAAGGCUUAGACCAAGACGGUUCAGGGAACAUGGAUUGGCUAACCGUGUCUAAGGAUUACCUAGAAGGUUUUUCGUGGCGAGGCGGAAGUAAACGCGAUACUAACGGAAUACUUAUCUGGAGUGAACCUUUUAUCAUGAAGGAUCGGGAUGGGCAAGAGAUCGCCGUCAUUCUCAUGGACACCCAGGGAACAUUUGAUUCCCAAAGCACAGUCAAAGAUUGCGCAACUAUCUUUGCUUUGUCCACGAUGGUGUCUUCCAUGCAGAUUUACAAUUUAUUGCACAACAUUCAAGAGGACCAUCUGCAGCAUUUGCAAAUGUUCACUGAGUACGGUCGAUUAGCAUUGGAGGACACGCACAGCAAGCCGUUCCAGUCGCUGCAAUUCCUUGUCCGGGACUGGUCGUUCCCCUACGAAGCCGAAUUCGGCUACAAGGGCGGACAAAAGAUUAUGGAAGAACGGCUUCAGGUAUCUGCGAAACAGCAUCCUGAACUCCAACAACUUCGGCAGCAUAUUCGAAGUUGUUUCGAAAACAUCUCUUGUUUCCUGAUGCCUUAUCCUGGAAUCAAAGUUGCCACCAACCCAUCAUUCAAUGGAUCGCUUGCAGACAUCGACCCAAAGUUCCAAGAACAGCUGCGGAUUAUGGUACCAGCCCUACUUGAUUCAAAAAGUUUAUCGAUGAAGGAAAUCAACGGUCACAAAGUGACUUGCCGAGAACUGGUUGAAUAUUUCAAAUCGUACAUGAAGAUCUUCCAAGGACAAGAUUUACCGGAGCCCAAGUCCAUGCUAAUGGCAACAGCUGAAGCGAACAACUUGGCUGCUGUAGCAAGUGCUCGAGCCCUUUACCAAAAAGAGAUGGAGGAGAUAUGCGGUGGGGACACACCUUACAUGAGCACUAACGAAUUACGGGAACAGCAUGAAAUGUGCAAGAAUGAUGCAAUCCGAGAAUUCCGUAACGCUAGGAAAAUGGGAGGAACGGAGUAUAGUUUGCAAUUCUUGGAAAGGCUCGAAAGUGAAAUUGAGGAGAAUUACGAGUCUUAUCUGAAAAUGAAUAAUGGUAAAAACUUGUUCAAAUCUAUGCGUACACCUGCUGUACUGGUAUCUUUAAUGAUCAUUGAUUAUAUCUGUCAAGAGUUUUGUCAAAUGAUUGGAUUAAACUUCUUUGCUGGCAUCUUCUCUUCUGUACUUGUAAUUGUUAUUGGAGCUCUUACUGUAUGGGCAUAUGCGCGAUAUUCCGGUACAUUACGCGAAGCGAGUGGCUGGGUUGACGAGGCAGUUUCUUUCUUGUGGACGAACUUCAUAUCUCCAAAUGCUGGGCAACUCGGCGCUCUCGGAGGUGCGAUUCAACUAGGAGAAAAGCUUAGUAAUUCAUCGACAUCUAACUCCACGCUGAGGGAUCGAAAGAAAAAUAAAUAAUUAGUUGUUACUCAUUUUGUUACCCUCUUUCAAUAUAUAUGACUUUUGCGCUGUCUACUAGUCCGUUCCCUGAACCACAAUUAUCCCAUAGACAACUUUUUUAUCUAGACGUGGUGCAAUGUCGUUUCUUUACUUGAAGGCCGUACACAAAGAUGAUGUGACUUCAUGUCGUUGUUACUACCUUUUUCGGGCUUUUCGUUUACCUCUUGAUUCUUUUCAAGGGAUUAUGUAUGUAGUCAUUUUUGAAUUCUGUUUUUUUCUUUGUCAUUCACCAUAUAUCUUGCUCCAAUGACAGGGUUCAGCUCGUUGCUUUGUGGCGAUCAUGUUUCGUUUCAAUUUCUGCUGCCACUUUGCAGUGCGUAAGGAAGCCGCUCUUUUUUUCUUCACUGAGAUUUUUCACUCUUGGAUCGCUAAGUGCAACUUAUAUGAACGCUAAUCUCCUCUGAGUCUACUGUCCCUGUUCUCCCCUCGCUUUUUACACGAAUAUGACGAAAUUCGCAUCGUUUAACUUUUCAUCUCGACCUCUCCUUUGCGUUUGAGUGUGUAGGAUUGCGUCGCAGUGACCGUAAUGUCAUCGCGGUUAUAUCUUACUAUCAGAAUUCGUGACUUAUUUGCAUAAUAUUUGGUGAUAUGUAGAAGUACUACUGACAUGAUUAGACGUUUUACAGACGUGUUGUAUGUAUGGACGUUAUACUUGGCUGAAGUUAUUCUUGAUUUUUUAGUCUUUGAAGUGGUUCCUUCUGAUAAACGUGUGAUGAACUUUGACCGG